AUGUAUUAUUGUGAUGGUCACACUCAUCAUCAUCUUGAUGAUAUUGAUGAUGAUAACAAUGACAGUCUCCCCCUUCUUCUGUACAACCCUUCUCUACAUCCUGACGGAAACAACGACCACAUUAAUAAUUAUCAUCACCACAACAACCUUGAAGAACCAUUAAUCCAUGAUGAUCGGUUUAAUGGACAACGACGUGGGGUUUGGAUAUAUCUUUGUUUCCAAUGUAUGGAGUCGUAUCGUCUCAACCAUCACCAAUUUUCACCCCCACAACGACAUGUUUUUGACGUUGAGAAUAAACCAACAGUUAGGGUCUAUUGUAAAGCCAAAAUUGAUUUCUCUCUCACCGUACGUGAUGGUCAAGUCAUUCUUGCACCCUCUAACCCCUUUGAUCCUCAUCAGCAUUGGAUCAAAGAUGAGAUAUGUGGCAAAGAUGUGAAGGAUGAAGAAGGUUUUUCUUCUUUUGCGUUGGUCAAUAAAGCCACUGGCCUUGCUAUGAAACACUCUAUUGGUGUAAAGUUCAACUAA